CCAGACACGGAUUCUUAAGGAAUAUCUCACAGAUUUUUCAUGGACGUCAAACAGAUACGGGAAUGUGAACAAGGCCUAAGGCUGCUUUCACACAGUCACUGUUUUAUCAGUGAUUUUGAGCCAAAACCAGAAGCAGAGUUAAUACAGACGUAAGAGGUGCUCCUGUUCUGGAGCGCACCUGGUUUUGGCUCACAAUUACUGAUGGAAAUGAUUGACUCUGUGAAUGUGGCCUGUUUUAUGAAGAAGCCUUGCCUAAUGCCUACUGUAGCUUUAUACAGGCCUGGAACUGUUCUGCUGUUUGCGGCAGCACUUGCUUGCUCAGGCUGAAGUACCGCCCCGUGGCCACCGGAGGCAGCAGCGGCCACACACACCCUCCUCCUCCAUGAUUUCUCCUCCUCGCUCUUGUGAGUAAUGGAGGCCGCUGUGCCCGCACACAGGAACUAGAAAGUUGCUGCCGUUACCAGACGGAUCUCUAGCGGGUAUCACGUGGGCACGGCCGAGCGGUGGUCAUUAUUGUCUCUGGGAGCCACUUCUUACUCGCUCUUAAAUUGACAUAAGCAUACCACCCCAGCAAUCGGGAUGGACUCUGAUCCAGUGACAGAACCUCAGCCUGAUGAAGAGAAGAAGUUGCCAGCUGCCGUUCGGGCAAGGAUAGAGCGAAACAGACAAAGGGCUUUGAUGUUAAGACAAGCCAGACUAGCCAGCAGACCGUACCCUACUGGUGAAGGAAUUUCUGCUAUGAAAGCUCCGCCAAAGAUUGUAGAUUCAGGAGGAGGAUUCUUUAUAGAGGAAGAAGAGAUUAAAGAGAAAACUGUGGAAAAUAUUGUAAAUCAGCCAGGUCCAGUGCUAGAAUGUGAUUAUCUAAUUUGUGAGGAGUGUGGCAAAGAUUUUAUGGAUUCCUAUUUAAGCAAUAACUUUGAUUUAGCUGUUUGUGAUGGAUGCAGAGACACUGAAGAAAAACAUAAACUCAUAACGAGGACUGAAGCCAAGAAAGAGUAUUUACUGAAAGACUGCGAUAUUGAUCAAAGGGAGCCUGUGCUAAAGUAUAUUUUAAAGAAAAACCCUCACAAUUCUCAUUGGGGAGACAUGAAGCUUUACUUGAAAUUGCAGAUAAUUAAACGUUCCUUAGAAGUAUGGGGUACCGAAGAAGCGCUAGAAGAAGCAAAAGAAGUUCGGCAAGAUAACAGAGAUAAAGUGAAGCAGAAAAAAUUUGACAAAAAAGUAAAAGAACUCCGCCGUGCUGUGAGGAGCAGUUUAUGGAAAAAAGAUACCAGUGGGCAUCACCACGAGUAUGGUCCAGAGGAACAUGUUGAAGAGGAUAUGUAUAAGAAGAAAUGCACAACAUGUGGUCAUGAAUUAAAUUAUGAAAAAAUGUGAAUUAAAUGCAAUAUAAAUAACUUUUUAUAUUUGAAAUAAAAUAUGGACUUGAAUUAAACA